AUGGACGCUCUCACGCGCAAGCACGUCCCCGAGGACGUCGGCCUCCGGAACACCGGCGAAGUGGAGGACGAGGGAGCCGGGGGCCAGGCCCAGCUGCACCACGACGAGAAGCAGCACAAGCCGGUGCUGACGAAGGUGAAGGAGAAGAUGAAGAAGAUCAAGAACACCUUCGCCGGCCACGGCCACGGCCACGACGGUGAGCACGGCGGCGGCGACGAGCGCAUGGGGGACGCAGGCACCGGCACCGGCCGCGGCAGCAGCAGCAGCAGCGAGGAGGCGGAGGAGGACGCGGUGGAGAAGGGCGGCGCGCCAAAGGGUGAGGACAUAGGCACGACGCCCGUGGUGCAGCAAUUCGAGACGACGAGUUUGUCCGACGACCCGGCGCACGUGGGCGCGGGCAAGAAGGGCGCCAAGGCAGAGGCGGACACGGUGGGCGGCGCGGCCGGUGGCGCUAGCUACACGGACAGGCUCAAGAACGCGGCCGCCGGCACCACGGAGUACGGCAAGAAGCUAGCGAGCACGAUGUACGAGAAGGUCGCCAGCGUCGGCACCGCUGUGGGCGUGGGGAAGCGCGACGACGAACAACGCACGGAGGCGGUGCCGUCGUCGAACACCGCCGGCGCGGAGGAGUGGAGAGACGCCCCCGAGGCCACGGACACGGACGCGACGAGAGGCGCCGGGUACACGGACAAGAUCAAGUCGGCGGCCGCGGGCACCACUGGGUACGGCAAGCAGCUGGCGUCCACCGUGUACGCCGGCGUCGGCACCGCCGUCGCGCCCAACCUCCGUCCGCAGGAGAGCUCGGCGAAGGCGGAAGGCGCACACAGCGAGGCAAUGCCGGUGUCGGACACCGGCGCUGAGGAGUGGAAGGACGCCCCAGCUGCCACGAACGCGACCAACACCGCGUCGGGGCCGGCGGGCUAUACGGACAAGAUCAAGUCCGCGGCUGCCGGCACCACGGAGUACGGAAAGCAGCUGGCGAGCACCGUGUACGAGAAGGUCGCCGGCGUCGGCACCGCCGUGGCGGGCAAGGUCCAACAGGCCACGCAGUCUGCCGGCACGGCGACGCCCGGGCCCGGCGUGCAGCAGGACACGGCCACCCCCGGCGCCGGCGGGCAGGACAAGGGGGUGACCGUCACGGGGUACAUCGCCGAGAAGCUCCGUCCGGAUGACGAGGACCGCGCGCUCAGCGAGGCGAUCUCUGGCGCCGUGCAGCGGCGCAAGGAGGACGUCGGGGGCACGGUAGCGCAGCGCGUGCCGGCGCCCGGUCAGGUGAUCACCAAAGCGCGCGAUGCCGUCAUGUCGCUCACCGGCGGGAACCGGGUCUCCGAGACCGUACAGCCAACCACAGCCACAGGGGAAGACGUGAAGGAAGGCUAUGCGACGGAGGCGCCUGUGAUCCGCGGGGAAGAGAUCGGCAGCGCGAAGCUGAACACGAAUACCAUGUGA